AAAGCAGGUCAGCAAACUGGCAGCCAGCGGAAUGCGCUCCAUUCAGUUCCAGAGUCACAACAACCUCACAAUGAGUGCCAACAAAAUCUUCCUGCGCUACUAUCCGCCAGGACUGGCUGUCAACUACAGAACCGCGAAGGGCAAUGAACGGCUGCGUCACUUCGAUCUGCUUGACCUAGAUUCAAAAACCAACAUAGAACCUCUGGCUGACAGGAUCCUACUGCAAACCCUGGCCGAAGCGGAGGAGGAGCCAUCACCUAGGGAUUCGGAGAAGACCUCUGCACCUCGUCCUGUGAGCGGAAGUGUCGCCAGAGCGCAGAACACGUUUAGUGCUCUGAAACAGGCACUGGAGAAGCUGCAAAAGAAACUCCGAGAGCCUGUGAAGAAGAAGUUCUAUCUGCACAAGUGCCACAACUCCCACAUCCUUCCUCUGACCAACGUGUCCUUCGACCGGAGUGGCGAACGCUGCCUCACCGGCAGCUAUGAUCGCACCUGCCACGUAAUCAACACCCAAACGGCUCAGGUGGAGCACAUCCUCACUGGCCACGACAACGUUGUGUUCUCGGUGGGAUUCAAUUUCCCUCACUGGUUGGUUAAUCUACGCAGAGAUGGAUCUGGAAAUUACCUGACAGCCUCUCCAAUUAUUUUCAGCGACAAGAUAGUGACUGGAUCCUUUGAUGGCACCGCAAAGGUUUGGUCCGCCACCAGUGGCCACUCUCUGUGCACUUUCUAUGGACACACCGCAGAACUGGUGGCCGCUGAGUUUCAGCCGGUGGAUGGAAAAUCCAUCGCCACUGCUUCCCUGGACGGAUCAGCCAGGAUCUACGAUGUGGAAACGUGCCACGAGCUCCAGCAACUGAACCAUCACGGAGCCGAAGUUAUUGCUGCCCGCUUUAAUCGCGAUGGUCAGAUGCUGCUCACCGGCUCGUUCGAUCAUACAGCAGCUAUUUGGGAUGUGAGGAGCAAGAGUCUAGGGCAGCGGUUGCGUGGCCAUGACGCUGAGUUGUCCAACUGCGUGUGGAAUUUCAGUGGGUCUCUGAUUGCCACUGGCUCCCUGGACAACUCCGCAAGGGUCUGGGACAUUCGAAAGCUGGAUCAGGAACUUUAUGUGGCGGCCAGGCACAGUGAUGAAGUGCUCGAUGUGAGCUUCGAUGCCGCGGGCCGACUUUUGGCCACCUGCAGCAGCGAUUGCACGGCCAGGGUCUGGCGGCUGGAGGGAUCCUCGGAGUUGGAGAUGCUCUCCCUGAUGGCAGGACAUUCGGAUGAGGUGUCCAAGGUGUGCUUCAGUCCCAGUGGCUGCAUGCUGCUCACGGCAUCAGCGGACAACACGGCUCGCCUGUGGCUCACGGAAUCCGGACAGUGCUCCCAAGUGCUUGCUGGACAUGAGGCAGAGGUGUUCAGCUGCGCCUACAGCUACACAGGCGACGCCAUCCUGACCGCCUCCAAGGAUAACACCUGUCGCUUCUGGAGGUGAUACGACUGGU